GACGAUGUCCCAUGCUCGCGUCGGUCUGCACCUCGCAGCGAGACAGCCGUUUCGGAAAUGGGGAUAAAAAACGACGCAAACGUGGACGUUGGCUUCUCGAGAACGACGAGGAAACCGCACGCGAGAACAGGGCGGUCACAAAGUUACGGGUGCCGAUGGACAGCGCCGCGCGGCGCGCUCGCGAACCAACACGGCAACACGACUGCAGCGGCCAAGACUCUCUCUCAAACGCGGGACGACGACGGGACAAGCCAAGGUAGAGGUCGAAUUAAGAAAGAUGGCGGCAGUUUAAAUGGAGAGGCGGCGAUGGUGAACAGUGACGCAACACUAAAAUCGGACAUUUAUCUUAAGGUAAAUCUAGCUUCAAAAGUCUAAUUCGAAGUGAAAUAUAAAUAGGAAAACCUUGACUUUCACUUUAUUUGAACGCUUUCAUAUGAUUGCAUUAAACACUGCCAUAUUAUUACAUGUUCAUUAAUAUAUGAAUAUGUACAUGUAGACAAGUGACGCAAAAUUAAAAUAAAAAUUUCUUCCGUACUCUUUAAUAAGUUACCAAUAUAAAAAUGGGUAAGAUCCUUAGGUGUUAAGUAUUUUGAAUUAUAAAACAAAAAAAAUGAAAUAUUUAUUCAAUGUA